UUACCUUCCCUGCGUCGCGUAACCGCCCGGAAGGGAAGGAAGCCCUCGGUGUUGAUCCUUGGAGCUAUGGCUAUCUGGCGGGAGAAAAAAGCAAUUAGGUAUUGAGCCAGACGUCUCACUUCAACCACACAUCUAUGAAGUCGGUACGUACCCCACCCUCGAGCCGAACUGAAAGAACACUCCAACCUAUCAGGAUAUUCGCAAUGGGUAAAAUACCGGCACUGUUACCCUAACCUUCUAGCUUCGCCUCACUUCCCAUCUAGUUCUUCUCGAGACUUGCAGGGAAUCCUAGACAUCUGUAUCGAUUUGCUGUCAGAUGAGGGCACUGGGUUUGUUUUUCCUGCACCAUCCUUCAGGUCGGAAACAGGAAAACUGGCGGGUACCUUUCUGCUUCCGUCGGUCUUGCUGCAUAGUUCCGCGGAUGGAAUUGAACGAGUGAAUCAAUCGCAGCUGUACCAGUGCUGUACGGUAUCAUGUUGUACUGUACCAUUCCCCUAGAUUUAUUUUUUGUCUAUAACGCCAGAGUAUCUCGCCCGAGACAGCCCCGCCAGUGUUUUGGCCGAUGGAUUAGUUGUUCUCAUGAACAGCGUAUUCAGGUACAUUCAAUUGUAUUGCGUCCAAGCGACGGGCGUGGGCGUGGGGGGAGCAAUCACUGGAAGAGAUAGCCCAGACCAAUAGGUGAGCUGGAUCCAAGAUACUGCCAUUCCCAACGCCACUGGCUCGUCCUGCAUGCCCAGGACCCAUUGGAAUUCGCACCGAAAGGUUUGGCUCAGCUAGCUGGGGAUCAAAUUCCGAGAAAAAUGGUUGAAUUAGCGAAUGUUUUGGAAGGGAGGGAAAUUCUGUUGAUACUCGAUUGUUUGACCAGAGACAAACUUCGGCGACGAUCAGAUAUUUCAGAGAAUAGGGCACUAACGAUCGAGGGGGUUUGGUACUUGGCCGUGAUAGCUGUGGUCUGCAGUAGCUGCGUGUCAUCAGGCGGAAGCAGCCGAGUCGGGGGAUUUUUCUCCUUGGAGUUGUGGUACUUUUGUUUUUUCCCUCAUUUUUGUUCACCACCCAAGCGUACCGUACCAUACAAGUACAAAUAGGAGGGACAAGAUAUCACUUUUGGCUCCCGGAUCACAAAGGACUCAGACCGAUCCAGCGGAACCACUGAAGGUUUCCCGGACACCAGCCGCAAAUCCGCCAGUGUGGUGUGAGGAUUUGCACCCGCACCCGCAGUCUGGCUCUGUGAAACUUUUUAGUUACAAGCUCGCUCGUCCUCUCUCUCUCUCUCUUCCUGCCUCGUCCACCCACCCACCGUUACUUGCGUACCGUACUGUACUAACCUUUGCCUGUCCACACCCACACCAACCCUCCUCAGCACACAGCACAAACCCACCUUGCUCACUCUUUUCCCCCCUGUCUGCUCUAUCCUUCUUUCUCUCACUCCUCCUCUCCCGUUGUGGCAAGUUUCUUUAAAACCCCGCCACUCCCCCGAAGUUUUACCAGCUUAUUUCUUUUGCUCCAAUCCCCAGUCAUCCUUCAAGCCAUCUCUCCUUUCCCCUCUUGCAUCCUAUCACAACCAUUCUUCCGCUUCCAUCUCAUCCAAUUCAUCUUUCAUCUAAUUUUCUCGGACGGGAUACAUCUCUCGCCUUUCUUUUGCUUGGGCUUUUUGUUCUUGCAGCGGGGAUAGUCGAUUGCUAUCUCGCGCUUUCUCUUCAACACCUUUUCCGUUAGCUCUGGAACUUGCACAAAAGAGAAAAAAAACAUUUCUUCUGCUUUCAGCUCAUCUCGCUUUGGUAGGUUUUUGCCGAGCUAAUAUCAUUUCCGAAUAUGCCGAUAGGGGACAGUCCUGCUAAAGCUCGGGAUAUAGGUGGAUUGCUCCGGCUCAAUUUAAGCUCUUAACGAUUUACUCUACAAGGUUAGCAACUCUUCAACCUUCCCUCACUCACCUCUUAUCUAAUCACCAACUAAAACAAAAAGUACAAGAAUAAUGGCAACCAGUCAAAAAACUGUGCCUUCCAACUCUUCCAGGAACUCACCUGAAGCCUAUAAGCAGCACGCGAAUACGACGUCCUACAUGGCUCAUUCAAAAAAUACUUACCGUCAUGUUCCUGGGCAUCCUCACCAGGUGCCUAUCCAGCAGCCCCAUUACGGACAGAUGGUACCAUAUCCUGGCCCUGUGGGCCCUCAUCCUCAAUUUUACCCCAUGGGUGCUCCAAACCCUAAUUACGGACCCGUGUACAAUCACGGGCCUGACCAGUUAUCUUAUUACUAUUAUCCUCACCCUAGCUGGCCCGUUCCAGGUGCCAUACCGGUUUACCCUCAGCCCGGAUAUGCCACUUCUCCACCUCCUACUCCUCCUCACUCGGGAGUUCCAUAUGGAUAUCAGGUAGCUCCUGGUUCAGAAUUCUAUGGCGCCCAGUUACUUCCGCCAACCCCCCCUCAUGCCAAUAACUACCACGGAGCUUCCCAGACACUAGCUGCUAAUCCAGUCCCUCAAUUGGACCAACGCCGUAGUUCCUGGUCUUCCUCAGCAACUUCCGAGAGUCCGACAACACCAUUCAUGGCCUCUGCACAGACUGAUGUGGGGCCGAUCAUUGUUGAAGAAGCUCAUCCUUUGACGGCUUCCAAUGGUGGCAGCAACGACGUUGUCUAUGGGCAGCCAGCUACUCCACACGAGAAAAAAUCCGUGGAAGCACUUUUAUUGGCUGGUCCUCCACUUCCAACCCCAAUUCCGGCUCUUUUCUCCCCUGAAUCGGCUAGGAAUGUCAACCAAGCUCUGGAUAAUCCCACCCAUACGACCAACGUUUAUAUCCGUGGAUUGCCUCCAGAUACCGAUGAUGAUAAACUUUAUGAGAUGACCUGUCGUUUCGGUAUAGUUGUAUCUCACAAGGCGAUCAUGGAUACCGAUCAUGGAACGUGCAAAGGGUGAUAGAAUGAGCUCUUCCCCCGUCGCUCGCACUUGCUGAAAAUUUCCCAGAUAUGGCUUUGCCCGCUACGAGAGUACUGAUGAAGCUGAAGACUGUAUCCGUGGGCUAGUUCGCUCGAAGUAUGAAGCUGGAUUUGCCAGGGUACUCUCAUCCCCCCGAGUGUUAGUGUUUGUCUCUGUUGUUUACUGACCUUGUAAUCUAGGAAUCGUUCAACGCCCGCCUUAAGACAUUGGCUGACCCUAAUUCUACGAAUGUCUAUGUGUCAAAUCUUCCCCGUUCCAUGAAUGAAAAAGUGAGUGGUCGAGUGAUAGAGUGGAUUCUGCAGAUGCUAAUUCUAAACCAAGACUAUGCAAGAUAUUUUUUUAGGAUAUACUGUUGUGUCUAAUAGGAUCUUGAGAGAUCCGGAGGGGAAUAGUCGCGGUGUAGGAUUUGCAAGGUAAAACAUCCCAUAUCGCUCUAGUUUUUGACGCGCAUCAUCUGAUAAGACCAGAUUUGAGGAUCGCUCAAUCUGCGAUGAGAUCAUCCGCAAUUUCCAUGGGAAGCUUGUUGGAGAGGAACAAAUCCCGCUACAAGUCCGCUACGCCGAUACCAGUGCCCAAAAACGUCUCAAGGCUACUACUACCAAGAAAAGGCAGUUCCGCUCGAAUGAAUAUAACAGCGUUGUCAAUAGCUGCUACUCCUCUACUCCGCACCACAACAAUACACAGCCCAACAACAGGGUUUGGCCUACUAGUGGCACUGGCACCACUUUAACUCCGUAUGAAAUCCUAGCCCAUUCAUAUAACAUGAGUUUAACAACCGUUGUAGUCCGGUAAUUCCUCGACCUGGUUCUGGCAAGCCUCGGGAUUGGGAAACCCCUCACUGGAGACCCUCGACUGCCAUAGACCAACUAGAGACCGUCCAAGAGGAUGGGGGUGACGGUGAUUCCGGGUGCAAGGUGGAAACUAAUGAUACAAAUAGUCCAACUGUCUUUGAUUCUCUUUCGUGCUCCCUUGGGAAAACCUCAUCCGGAAGCUUUUCUGACCCGGGAGAUAGUUAUGGGGGCCUUGAGGUCUCCCGUGGUGUCACCUCCUUCUAAAAGUCACCAGCGACAUGCGCCCAAUUCCCCGGGGCUCCUGUUUCCAAAAAAAUUAAAUUUAUCGUGCGCAGAAAAUAAGGUUCUCUUUUCUUUCCUUAUAGGGUGGGUUAGGUAGGCGUUUGGUACUUGUACCAUUUGGUGGGGUUGUCUUUCGGGUUUUCUUUCUUUUCUCAUUGCUCACUCUUUUUUCCUCGACGCUUUUCGUGCUAUAUUUUUUCCUUUGUCUCUGUGCGAUCUCAUACUGCGCUGUUUUGUACAUGGAUGGACCACAUAUGACGUGGAAUGGCGGGAUGGUUUCACAUACGUGAUUGAAGCUGGUCAAUGGUCACAUGGUUUCAUUUGUUUGGGUGGUGUCAAUCGACGAUACCAACGUGCGAGAUUUUUUCUGUAAGGGAGGGUGUUAGGCAUCUGAGAUUUUGGGCGGGAGAUUUGUGAUUUCUUUUGCUCAAUUCUGCAAGCUGGCGCAUAAGUUGAUGCGUUUUUUCUCUCCUAUCUCGGCCGCCCGAAGAUGUGUUUCCAUACUGGUGUACCUAAAGAAAUUACCGGGAAAUAUGGAUGCCCGAGAUUCUACACUCACUAGAGGCGGGGGGGGGGGGCUUUGUAGGUUUUGCGAGCGGUCAUCCUGUUAGCGGCGGUAUCUUGUUUUACAACCAGCCUUUGUUGCAUCACGCUAAACCUCGUGUUUUUCUUGACCCACGAUGUAUGAUGUUUGUGCUAACCCCCAAUGGGCCAAGAAAUUUCAAGAUGUUUAGUUGAAUAUGUUGGAAUACACUCGGUAGGCCGGCAUAACCUCACGGGCAUGUCGGCGGACAUUAAAGAAGAGUAGGGUGAUAGAAAGGGGGGGGAGUCGGAAGGGGAAAGAAGGG